GAAAUCUGCCGAGACUCUCUUCAGUGAGGUUCAUCCCAAAGCCUGUUCCUCCGCUCUGACACCGAACCGCAACAAAGGCGUUUAAACUGUAAGUAAGCAAAUUAUUUUGUUCCAAACUAAACAUGAUUAAAGCUAACAUGUCGGAUUUAUUAGGAUCAGAAUAGUCGUAGACGUGGAUAUUUUGGAAACGCGUAAUUACGCACGGAAAGUUCAGUCUUGGAAGCGUGUUUAACUCUGUCUUAGGGAAGCGAACGGCAGAUUUGGGCGAGAGUUGUCGGGCUGUGUUUAAGGACAGCGAAGGAUUUGGACGUUUCUGUUCGGUGUCAGUGUUUGUAUUAAAAAGUAGGCUGAGACACUUUUAGAUACUUAUUUUGCUCUUUCUUUCCUUCAAAAUAAAUGAGCACUUGAGUUGAUAAGUCAACAUCGCUUAAAUGUGUUUCUUUCUCGUCUUAAUCUGUAUCCUGUUCUCUCUGUGGUAUGACCAUGUUUUUCUAGGUCUUACAGUGACAGAUCUUCCAGCUCUGACUGUCGUUUCAACGAGAAGUGCUUCUUCUGUCUUCCAUCAACAGGAAGAGAAGAAAGACUGUGAACAAACCUAGUCAUGAACUGGGCAUUCCUCCAGGGCCUCCUUAGCGGGGUGAAUAAGUACUCCACUGCCUUUGGUCGAGUGUGGCUUUCGAUUGUCUUCCUCUUCAGGGUUAUGGUGUUUGUAGUCGCAGCAGAAAAGGUAUGGGGUGAUGAGCAAAAGGACUUCAAAUGCAACACAGCUCAGCCCGGGUGCCACAAUGUCUGCUAUGACCACUUCUUCCCUGUGUCCCAUGUUCGGCUGUGGGCCCUGCAGCUCAUCUUUGUCACCUGCCCGUCUCUCCUAGUGGUGAUGCAUGUGGCCUACAGGGAAGACAGGGAACGAAAAAACCGACUCAAGUAUGGCGAGAACUGCCGCCGCCUAUAUCAGAACACAGGCAAGAAGCGUGGAGGUCUUUGGUGGACUUAUGUCCUGACUUUGGUCUUCAAAAUCGGUGUAGACGCCACUUUCGUCUACCUCCUCUACCACAUCUAUGAGGGUUAUGACUUCCCCUCACUCAUUAAGUGUGAACAGAAACCCUGUCCCAACAAGGUGGACUGCUUCAUCUCUCGUCCAACUGAGAAAAGAAUCUUCACCCUCUUCAUGGUGGUCACCAGCCUGAUCUGCAUCCUCCUCUCCGUUUUUGAAAUCGUCUACCUGGUUGGCAAACGCUGUCGUGAAUGUUUCACCACUGUCCAUCAGUCUCGCCACAUCAUGACCAACACGCUGUCCAGUGGAAGCAACUUGAUGGAGUCAAACACGCUUAAACUCACAGAUGAAAACACACCUAAAACACCGGCUCCUUCAUACAGUGUCGCCAUUUCUUGAGGACCCUGAGAAAAAAGACUCAGAAAAGCAAAGACAUAGAUGAGGAAAUGUGCCUUACCUCAACCUGCGGGCACUUCCUUCAAAGACUUAUUGGCAGAUAUUUAUCUGCAGAGAGACUGAACUACAGUUCAUGUAGUUCUUGACUGUUUCUGUGUACACUGGCAGAGCGUUUGUUGUAAUUCUGGACUGAAAGACUUGUUAUUGGAAUGUACCUUUUGUUGUGGGUUUGGAGAUUUUUACAGAUGUAAAUUUAUAGCCCAUGCAAAGACACAAAAGUACAUUCUUCUGGAUUCAGUUUUGAAUUUAGCCUUGAUAGCAAUUACAUGAGUCACUCGGAGGCCUGGAGACCGUGGUUUUACAAACACAUGUGGUUCUCUGUGUAAGAUUUUCCCUCUGCUCACUGCUCAACCUCCAGACAUACUGCCCAGACUGCACUCUGUCUUCUCCCUGCACUCAUUUUGAGUUUUAUCAUCAGUGUACUAUACAUAAUUUAUCCAAAGAUUUGAGAGACUGUGCCGUUGAACAUGUUGCAUGUUUCAAACUGUGUUCUGUAAACAAACAGAGGAGUGAUGAAGUUGGUAUGUGGUGGUGUAAACAGAUCGAAUGAUUUCAAGAUGUGCAUAUUUAGAGCGGCGAUACACAUUCUUAUAUAAUAUUCUUAUUUUUUCAUUAAAGAUCUUUUUUAUCUUUCAAAAAAA